AUGCUAUAUUUUAAUGAGGAAAUUCCAGCAUUGGUUACGAUCCAUGCCAUUAAAGGAGACGAAAGGUCUACGGUUUAUAGAUACCAUAAUGGUAAGCAGUGGAAGGAUACUAAAGAAGAUGAUCAUAAUAGUAGGCUGACCGCUCUAAAGAAGAAGUAUAACCUGAGGGAUGAUAAUGGAGUAAGGACCAAGAAAUACUCCCCAAAACCCGGUCACAAUGUUGUAUGGGUUAAGGAUGGUGAUGAGUCUCUAUGGAAGGCUCAACCACAUUAUUCUAGAAAUGGAAGAAUAAAACUGUUUGAUGGAUAUGAUUCUUGUUCAUCAUGUGUGUUAUAUAAGAAUGGAAAUGUAGAACUACUGGAACUUACUCUCUUUGAGAACGCAUCUUCAAGGGGGUAUAAGUACUUUGAAAAGAAUGGUGGAGAAUGGAAAGAUCUCACUAGGAAUGACUUCUUCAAUAAGCUUACUGACAUGAGUAAAUCUGGAUCAUCCCCUAAUCCUUCUUCAGAUCCUUCUACUCCAUCUCAAUAG